CGUGUUACUCCCACCAUGCAUUGCAUUGCAAGACUUUUCCAAAUCCAACACAUACACGCUGACACGCACACUCUCUCUCUCUCUCUCUCUCCGUAUAGAUCCUUACGAAUCUAUAAGCCAUAGGCUUCUUCUUCUCUCCAGGUCAGUUUCAUGACUCACACAGUUUCUCACACCCAAUUUGCCGUUCAUUUUUUUUUUCCUAUUCUUAAGCUUAAUUAUUAUCCUUUGAAAUUUGAAUGAGAAAAAUAUAAAAGGAAUAAUACCAGUCUAUUGAAAAAUGCGUUGUCAUUUAUUUUGAUCAGCUGGGACACUCUAUCUCAAUGAUGAUGGGUUUAGCACAUUCGAAUAAAUAAAAGCGAAUAUGCUUUUAUUUUUGCUUGCUUGCCUUAACUGCUCUCUCUUCUUCUUGGCGGUUCGUUUUAACUAUUUGGGUUUUGUUAGUUGUGAGCCUUUCUUCUUUUUCACAGGGUCAUCUUUUAAAAAGUUAGAGAGAGACAGAGUCUGAACCAGGUUUAAUUAUUCUUUACUUAAUUAAUUACGUUUAGUUGUUGUAUUAUAAUCCACGAUCUUAGUCUCUUAUAUAUCUUUAAUCUUAAGUAUUAAUUGCUUUUGAGCCUAAAGUUGUGAAAUUUUUGAGUUGUAAUCAAUUGGGUUUUCAAAAAUGUAUGAUUUUGUGAUCUGGGUACGUUGUAAUUUUGAAUCCUAGGAUACUUUAUUGAAUAAAGGUGGGUUCUUAAUUUUUUUUUUUUUUUAAAGCCUCACAUAUUUUUGUGGGGGUGCAAUCAGAUAGAUUUGAAGUAUGAUUGGAUUUUGAGAUUUUGUUACUUGGGUUUGUUUGAGAAAUCCGGAGUAUUGAAAAGAUGUAUGCGGUGGGGAGGCUAGGUAGCUACAUAACCAAAGUGUCUGGCCCAUUUCAUCCAUUUGGUGGAGCUGUGGAUAUUAUUGUAGUUGAACAGCAAGAUGGGAGCUUUAAGUCCUCACCUUGGUAUAUCAGGUUUGGGAAAUUUCAAGGGGUUUUGAAGUCUAAGGAGAAGGUGGUCAACAUUGGUGUCAAUGGAGUGGAAGCUAAUUUCCACAUGUAUUUGGAUCAUAAAGGGGAGGCUUACUUUCUUAGAGAGGUAGAUGUAGAAGAAGGGGAAAUGGUGCCAUUCUCAUUGUCCUCUGGGGAUGAGAUAGAUGGGGAAUCCAAGACCAAGAUUGAUAGGCGGCCAUUGAAGUCCAAAAGUUACAAUUAUGAAAAUUCAGUUGAUAAGAUUGAUGUGAGGAAUGGGAAGGUUAUGACAAGGUCUGGUUCACGGCGGUCACGGAUGUUUGGGCUUGUUUUUGGACGGAGAUCAAGGAAGGAGGAAGAUGGGGAUGCUGGUGCGGCAAGGGCUGACUCAUUGAAGCGUGCUGAGAUUGCGGCCGACCUCUUGGAGGUGAGGUGGUCUACUAAUCUUGGUGGUAAUAAAUCGAGGAAAGAUAAAGCUGAGAAAGAUGUGCAGAUCAAUGAUGGAAAAGGUCAGGUGAACUCAUCUGUAGAUAAUAAUGUGGAAAAUGGUAUGGACCAAUGUGUGUUACAUGAAGAAACUGGUUCCCACAAUGAGCAAAAGGGGGACAUUUCUGUCUCCAGCUUUGAGAAUACACACAGUUUUGUUGAUGAAACUAGAACGGAAGUGCCCUGCUUUGGCUCUCCAGAACAAGUUACUGAAAAUUCCAUGGCAGAUGAAAAUGUUUUGGAAGAGAAAUGUGAGACGGUCUCUAUGGUAUCAAGAAAGAUUGACGGGGAUAUCGAACAUGAUGAAAAUGCAAAAGUUCAAUAUUCGAUUCAGCUUGAAGAACUCCCUGGAAAGCAUAUUGAUGAGGAACAGGUUUUAGGGGAUGUUUUAACAGGCUGUGGAAUUUCCCAGGAGGAGAGUGAAACAGAUAGGGCUCAAUCCUUUAUCUAUUGUGAAGCAUCAGAGAGAUUUAUAGUGGCAAUGAAUGGUACCAGUGAACAAACUUCUGAAACAAUGUACCUUGUUAGUGAAGAAGAUGGGGAAGUCCACAUUAAUGCUGAAAUGUUGCAUCCAACAACUGAACUAGCAUCCGAGGUCUUAGAAGUUCUUUAUCAGGAUACAGUUACUCUUCAAGUUGCUGAAGAUGAUGAAUUGCAGACAGAAACAGUGGAGGUUCCUGAGAAUCAUUCUCAACAACUGAAUCCUUCUCAUUCUUGCAUACAUCAAUGCAAUGUGAUGGAUCUUGAAGAGCCACUGACAGUUCCAGAAACCUAUGCCCAAAUGGUCACCCCAGACCAAACACUUGACCCAGCUGACAAAGUUGAGUCACAGACCAUUUGCACCAUUUCUAGUUUUAGUAACUCAGGUCAUCAAGUUCAAGAUGAAGAAGAGAAGAAGGAUGAAGAAUUAACUAGCAAGUUCCAAUCUUCUUUGGAGUCUAUUGGUGACUGUCUCCCUCCAAAAUCAAUAAGUACAUUGUCAUCAGCGAGUUCAGAGGAAGGUCAGUUUCCUUUCAAUGACCUUGAAGAAUUUCAAAUUAGUGAGGUACAACACAUGGAGUCAAUAUCUCCAGAGAAUGUAGAUAAAGAAAGCGCCUCAUUUAGUCCUGAUUCUCAUGAAAUCAUUGAAGAAGUGAAUGGGCAAGUCAAUGAAAACAAUGAGUCAUAUUCAUCUUCUGAAAAGUUUGUUCAAGAGAAUCCAUGGACUGAUCUUGAGAUAGAAAAAUCAAAGGUAACAUCAGGCCCCAUUAUAAUACCUAGAAGUCAUAAGGUUUCUGGUAUGGAAGUUGGGCGGCUGGUAGAAUCAUUGCCCAAUUUGUGGUCUCACACUGAAAAUCCAGAUGCACAUGAUGUUCAGUGUCCUCUCAAACACUCACUGGACUCGAGAUGCAUAUCCUUGAAUUCAAAGAUGCAGGGUAAAGAUGAUUCAAGCUGUAUAAGGUCAGACAAAGAUUCACAAUUGGCUGGGGAACAAUUAACUGCUGAGAACACCGAGAUUUCAGGGGAGCCUAUAAAUGUACUUGCCAUUCCUGCAGUUGGAGAUCCAUCAAAAUUCGGUGUAUCCCCUGGUGGAAGCUGGGGGAUUUGGUCCUCUUUUUUAAGGAGAUCAAGAUCCAGGAAUGGUAUGCAGCCAGCCACGAAUGAUGCCAGAGUUUCUGGUGCUGAGAAUGCUUCAGAGAGCACCACCUGGAGGGAUGGAGACAAAAAUGUGCUUAAACCAAAGAUGGUAAAAAGGAUGUUGAGGGCAAUCACUCCAACAUCUGAGCAACUGGCAUCCUUGAAUUUGAAGGAUGGAAAGAACACAGUAACCUUCACAUUCUCCACUGCAAUGCUGGGGAAACAGCAGGUUGAUGCCAGAAUAUUUUUGUGGAAAUGGAACACUCGUAUAGUCAUCUCAGAUGUGGAUGGGACAAUUACAAAAUCGGAUGUUCUGGGUCAGUUCAUGCCUUUGGUUGGAGUUGAUUGGUCACAAACAGGCGUUGCACAUUUAUAUUCAGCUAUUAAGGAAAAUGGGUAUCAAUUACUUUUUCUUAGUGCACGUGCAAUUUCACAGGCUUAUCACACUAGACAAUUUCUAUUCAACCUUAAGCAGGAUGGGAAGGCUUUACCGGAUGGGCCUGUUGUUAUUUCCCCUGAUGGACUUUUUCCUUCUUUAUAUCGAGAAGUUAUCAGGCGGGCUCCUCAUGAAUUCAAGAUCUCAUGCCUAGAGGAUAUCAAGGCUCUGUUUCCUUCUGAUUGCAAUCCAUUCUAUGCUGGUUUUGGAAACCGAGAUACUGAUGAGUUCAGCUACGUUAAGGUUGGAAUCCCAAAAGGAAAAAUCUUCAUUAUUAAUCCCAAGGGUGAGGUUGCUGUUAACCGUCGUGUUGAUACCAGAUCAUAUAGCACACUUCAUGCUCUUGUGAAUGGCAUGUUUCCACCAAUGUCCUCGUCUGAGCAGCUGCUCUACCCCUCUUUUCUUUUUCCUGCACCUGGAAAUUUGCUCUUGGCACAUUGGUUGCAGAAGGCAAUGAGGUUCAGGAGUUCCUUGUAAUAUUUCUCUCAUGUGAAAAGUAAUCAAUGCAGGAGCAUAACCAAAAGUUAUUUCAAUAUUUCAUUUUAGAUUUUCCGUGGAUAAUUUCAUAUUUUAACGUAGCUAUUUGUUUAGUUUGGAUUGAUAUUUGAGUUUGGUUAGGAUUAGUUCAUCAUUAUCCUUUGUUUAGGAUUAUCGGAUUAGUAUAUGAAACUAUUUAGGAUUAUCAGAUUAGUAUUUGAAAUUGUUUAGGAGAGUUUAUCCUUAUCUUUGUAAUUCCUGGAAGCUGCAUAUAAAGCUCCGGAUGAUUUCUUUUGUAUGGUACAGACUAUUAUUAUUAUUAUUAUUGAGAUUAUUUGCAGAGAUUGCAUAGUAUUUGUUUGGUGGUGAUUCCAAACACCUUAGGUGGGAAGCCUAAGGUUCUUUAGUAGGACUAAUCUAGGUUGGGAAGCCUAGGUUUUCCUACAUCAUAAUCCUACUUUUUAUUAUGGUCUUGUUUUCAAAUUUUUGGUCCUUCAGAUGAGCAGUGAGUAAGAAAUUGAACUCAGCAUAUCCAGCUGCUCUACCCCUGUUUUCUUUUUCCUGCACCUGGAAAUUUGCUCUUGGCACAUUGGUUGCAGAAGGCAAUGAGGUUCAGGAGUUCCUUGUAAUAUUUCUCUCAUGUGAAAAGUAAUCCUACUUUUUAUUAUGGUCUUGAUUUCAAAUUUUCAGUCCUUCACACGAGUAGUGUAUAAACUGAGUUAGAUGUCAGCUCAAGUAACUGUACAUGCCCAUCCUCUACUUAACUAAGUCUUUGAUGUGAAGGAAUUGGAUGUUAGCUUAAGUAACUUUACACGCCCAAUCCUCACUGCAUGGAAAUUUUUUUUUUAUAGUUUUCAGGUCUUGUUUUUUUAUUUAAUUUUUAAUUUUUGUAUUUGAUGGAAUAC